AUGGAUCUUCUAAAAGCUAAAGAUGAACUUGCUCUUUUGAAAUCAGUCCUUGAAGACAUGAGCACUGACAUUGAUAACAGACACCAUAAUCUCUACCAGGAAGCAGUGACCAUUGCAAGACAAGUAGCAGUCCAGCCAGAAAUGCCAAGGAUAGCCCAGAGACAAAUGCAUAGAAAUAAUGCUCCUGCUGCAACUCCUGAGGGGUAUUUCAAGAUCAAUCUCACUAGAGUUUUUCUUGACCAUGUACUCCAGCAGCUCAACAUCAGAUUCCAGGAUGAUGUAUUUGUUUGCUAUAAAGGUAUUUCGAUUAUUCCCUCUGUUUUACUAGCUACUGACCCUGCCUGGAAGGCCAAUGUUUUGGAAUUUUGUAACCAUUACAGACAGGACAUACCAAAUUAUGCAGGAUUACAGGCAGAGCUUUUGUUAUGGGAGAGAUUGUGGAAGGGAGGGAUAACAGAGGAGAUAUUAUUCCUGACAGUUUGGAGGCUACACUGAAGGAUAUUGACAAAGAUGCAUAUGUCAACAUCUAUUCCAUGCUGAAAGUCCUGAUCACAAUUCCAAUUUCAUCUGCAUCUUGUGAGAGAUCCAUAUCAUCCCUUCGGAAUCUUAAGAACUAUUUGAGAAAUACAAUGACCCAGGACAGACUGAAUGGAUUGGCACUGAUGCAUGCCCACAGAGACAUGGAUUUUGACCUUGAACGUAUAAUAGAUUUAUUUGCUGAGUUACAUCCUAGGAGAAUGAGAAUGGCAAACAUUUUGUAA